AUGGGUAACCCAGGAACCUUAGACAGUGCAGCUAAUCCAGGUGCCUUAGACAGCGCAGCUGACCCAGGCACCUUAGACUGUGCAGCUAACCCAGGCUCCUUAGGCUGCAUGUCUAACCCUGGCAUCUCAGACUGUGCAGCUAAUCCAGGUGCCUUAGAGAGCACAGCUAACCCAGGUGCCUUAGACAGCGCAGCUGACCCAGGCACCUUGGACCGCACAGCUAACCCAGGCGCCUUAGACUGCAUGGCUAACCCAGGCGCCUUAGACAGUGCAGCUAAUCCAGGUGCCUCAGACAGCACAGCUAACCCAGGCACCUUAGACAGCACAGCUAACCCAGGUGCCUUACACCGUGCAGCUAACCCUUGCAGUGCCUCACACUAG